AUGUGCAGAAGAGAAUGGAUGGAUGGCUAAUAUUCAGGCUUUACCCAGGCCAGAUCCGUACUUACUCUUUUAUGUUAGGCUAACUCUCUCCCAGCUCUGUCACAUUUACUGUGCUGGAAUAGGAGAGUAUCAAUCCUCCCUGGUAACACAAACAGAUUUUAAUGUACUGUAUGUUUGAUUAAUUGCUUGAUUAAUCACGCAGUCAUGUCUAAAUAUACUCAUUAUCUCAGCUCUCAUUUACUUGUACAGACUGUUUUACAAGAGCAUGUAACGUGGGACAGAUGUGGGGGCCCAGAGGCUGCAGCAUGUGGCUUUUUCACAUUCCUGUCACUGACCAUGGCUGUAAACUCACACAGGUUAAGAACAGCAGCAAAUCUUCAGUUUGGCAGUUGCAGGACAGUUUUCCAGGGAAAUGACAGGCUGGAGUCUGAGUGGAAUGCUUUCUUUACUGCUUCAGUGCCAAGUUAACUGAAGUAAUUGUUCUGACUGUCAAGGAGGGUGAGACUGUUUUCAAACAGAGUAACUGGGGGGAAAUACGAGCAGCAAAGACACCCUGCCUUCACUCCUCCCUACCUUCAGCUGUAGCUCCCACGCAGAGACACAAGCAGAGGGAGAAGGUUCCUACAUUAAAACAAGCUGCCCAUUUCCCUUUUCCACAUCUGUUUCUCAUGCUGAUGGCAGGAUAUAACCUGUAAAACAACAAUGCUCAGUAAUAGACACACUGAGGGGGAAGGUAAUGGCUCUGAAUCAGCAGAUUCAGCUACUUGCCAGAGUUUUAUCAACAAAUGUGACCUCCUCUUUUAAAGGGUAUGCUGUCAUGGGAAUGUAACAAGAGAAAGUAGGAGUGACUGAUGGAGGUGGAGAAAGAGCAGUUGGACAGGAAGUGUAGAGAAAAAAAAGUAGUUUAAAAAAUGAAAGGAAGAUGCAGAAAUACUUCGUAGAUGAGCAGAGAAGACGAUUAGAAAAGGAAAGAAUUUGUGGAAAAAUAAGAACAUAUGAAGGCGUGUCUGCUGGCGGACCGAAUUCAGCUCCUUCAGCUCCUGGUGGAAAUAAUCACAGUCAGAAAAGACUGAGAUGAUGUGGACAGCAGCUGUCAUCCUGCUGCUUUUGCCUUCGCUUCUUUCCUACGCAGACAACGAGAACAGAGGUAAUAUAAACCAAUCGGAAUUAGACAAUCGAGAUUUCGCUGAUGUUCCUGUCAAAGAUCAGAGACCUCUUGGUGAAGUCAAAGGUCAGGACUCAUGCACCAUCCCGUGUGACAUCACUGUCAAGCUCCUGCGAGAUGAGAAACAAUCCAUUUGUGGUCAGCUGCAGCAGUCUUUGCUUGCGUUUGGACGCAGCAACAGAAAACUGAUGAGGGAUGUGAUGGAGGCGCAACAGAGAGCUCUGGACAUCCUAAGCAGUCAGGUCACAGAGUUGAUGACCAAAGUGCAAACUCUCAGCUUGGAAGUUCAGAGAAGCAACACUGAGAUGUACUCCAUGAAACCUGUACAAUCUCAUGGACGAGACUGCAGCGACAUCAAGGACAACCUCGUGUCAGUCGUCCCCAAGAUCCCCAGUGGCAUUUACAUAGUCCACCCAGAGAACACUGACUCUUCAUUUGAGGUUUUCUGUGAGAUGGACUAUAUGGGAGGCGGAUGGACGGUGAUGCAGAGGAGGAGUGACGGUUUAACUGACUUCAAAAGAUCCUGGGAUGGCUAUGUCGAUGGCUUUGGACACCUUGCAGGAGAACACUGGUUGGGCCUGAAGAAGGUGUUUCACAUAGUAAACCAGAAGGAUACUCGAUUCCAGCUUCACAUUGCUCUAGUCUCCCAUGACGAUGUCACCUCUUAUGCAUCGUAUGAUGACUUCCGCCUUGACAGUGAAACGCAGUUCUUCAGCAUACACCUGGGCAGAUAUGCAGGUGAUGCGUUUCGAGGCUACAACCAGGAACAGAACCAGGACACGGCACCGUUCAGUGCCUCAGAUGUCGACAAUGAUGGCUGCAACCCUUUCUGCUCCAUUGGCAAUUGCACGGUGGAGAGCUGCAGCAUUCACCACAACCACACGGGGUGGUGGUUCAAUCAGUGCGGUCUGGCAAAUCUCAACGGCUCUCCCGAAGACACAGAGCGAAACCAGGGGCAGAGGACGCACAUCGUGUGGGACACCUGGAGACACAACGGAGUCCCCUACACCAUCAAAUCUGUCACCAUGAAGAUCAGGAGGAUUGCAACCAAUAAUUGAGAGAUGAUGGGAAGAAAUGGAUCAUUGCAAUGCAUGACUAAAAGCUUCAUUAAAACAGAAUAUAGUUCUUCUGGAUUACUAUUUUCACUGUGACCAACAUAAAAUAAAAUAAAAUCAGCCAAUUACUUAUGGUGUUCUUCUU